ACCCGUAGAUAGAUGUUUCAAUUUAUAAGUGAAAAGUUGUCAGAUUUCUACAAUGUCAGAUUUGAUAGAACAUAAAUUCGAAAAUAAAAAUAGCAAAGUACGUCACAAAUGCGAUGAUUGCGACAGUCUUUUGUAACGAAAGAACAAUUGAACAAACACAUUAUAAAUGUCCAUCAAAGAACCGAAAACUUCACAUGCGACGUGUGUGGAAAAGUUUUUGGUUAUAAGAAAAGCUUGACUGAGCAUAUUGCAUUAGUUCAUGAAAAAAUCAAAGAUCAUGAAUGCGGAGAGUGUGGCAAGUUCUUUGGAAAAAAGCAUGAUUUAAUGAAUCACAUUGAUACAGUUCAUCUAGAACUCAAAGAACACAUGUGUGAGGAAUGUGGAAAGUCUUUUGGCCAAAAAAGUAACUUACAUAGACACAUUACCACAGUACAUGAAAAAAACAAAGAUCACAGAUGCGAAGAGUGUGGAAAGUCUUUUAGUUAUAAAUGUGAAUUGAAAAGACACACUGCCAUAGUUCAUGAAAAAAUCAAAGAUCACCAAUGCGGAGAGUGUGGCAAGUCUUUUGGAAAGAAGCAUGAUUUAAUGAAGCAUAUUGAUACAGUUCAUCUGGAAUUAAAAGAACACAAAUGUGAAGAAUGUGGCAAGUCGUUUGGACGAAAAAAUAAUCUAACGAAGCAUGUAGAUGCAGUUCAUUUGAAAAUCAAAGAUUAUGAAUGUGAAGAGUGUGGAAAGUUUUUUAGUGAUAAAAGUUAUCUAAUGAAGCACAUUGAUACAAUUCAUCUGGAAUUCAAAGAACACCAAUGUGAAGAAUGCGGCAAGUCUUUUGGACGAAAAAAUAAUCUAACGAAGCAUGUAGAUACAGUUCAUUUGAAAAUCAAAAAUCAUAAAUGCAAUGAAUGUAGCAAGUCUUAUGUUAAAAAAAUAGAGUUGCAUACACACAUUGCUACUGUUCAUGAAAAAAUCAAAGAACACAAGUGUGGAGAGUGCGAAAAGUUUUUUGGAUAUAAGCGUAAUCUGAUGAGGCACAUAGAUUUAGUUCAUUUGAAACUCAAAGAACACAAGUGCGGAGAAUGUCAAAAGUCUUUUAGUACAAAAAGUAUUUUGAAUCGACACAAUUCUUCAGUUCAUGAAUAGGUAAAAGAUGAAAAAUGCGAAGUACGAGGCAAGUCUUUCGGAUAAAAAAGCGAUCUGAAGA